AUGAAGAACCCGGUGCCGCAGGCGGCCUCGCUGCUGCUGGAGAAGCUGCUGCUCCUCGUCCACGUCCGGCCCCUGCCCGCGGGCUCCGGCGGGGAACCGCCGGCGGCGGCCCCCGGCUACUACGACACCAGCUGCUUCAAGCGGGGCGACCUGCUGGAGGUGCCCCGCACCCUCUUCGUCCACUUCGGCAUCUACUUGGGCGAGAACCGCGUCGCCCACCUGAUGCCCGACAUCCUGCCCGCCUUCACCGGCGACCGCCGGCAGAUCCAGCAGGUGGUGACCAACAAGCGGCUCAUCCUGGGCGUCAUCACCAAAACGGCCAGCAUCCGCGUGGACACGGUGGAGGACUUCGCCUACGGCGGCAGCAUCCUGGUCAACCACAUGGACCGGCUCUUCGAGGACCAGGUGCUGGGCAGCGAGGAGUCUGUAACGGAGAGAGUGGGCAUCUCCAGCUGUCCCGUUAAAGCUUUCCUCUUUAACCCUCAUCUUUUCCUUUUUUUUUUUUUUUUUUUCCUUUCUUUUCAGUUCUGUGAGACUGUGAAGAUGAUUAUUCGGGACCAGAGGAGUGUUCUUGCUUCAGUGCUUGUGGGAUUAGCAUCAAUAGUCUGCCUAGGUUUGGCGCCCUCCACCACGCUCCCCACUAUCUUUAUUCCCUUCUUUCUGUGGAUGGCUGGCUGA